UAGUGUUUAACCGUGCAUGUGCAACGAGUUCUACCAAGAUUGCAACAAUAACAUCGAAAGCCAAUAUGCUCCGAGUUUCUAUUCCAACUUGUCAGAAAAUGGAAGUAAAUGGUGACACUUUCACGGCAUAUAAAGUAGAUGUGUUCCAGAGCGGAAGAUCUCAUAGUUUAUAUAAAAGAUACUCAGAGUUUGAAGAACUGCAUAAACAGUUGAAAAAAGUUGUAGACACCCCAGAGUUCCCACCGAAAAAAGUUUUAAAAUUCAGCCACAAAGUGGUUGAGCAGAGAAGAGUUGCACUUGAGCUAUAUUUGCAGGGAAUCCUAGAAAGUGAAACCAUUCCAAGGUCAUUUUUCAAGUUUCUAGAGGUGCAUCUGCCAAGAUCAGGCAGUUUUGAUUCAUUAGAUGUUGGUAUGACAGAGCCUACAGUAACACAUAUUCCUGUUGUUGGGUUUUCUAAAGAUGCUUUCCUGCAGGAAAACUACAGAAGUAUACUGCCCGAUAUCGUGGUCCAGGGUGUGCGUGAAGGGCUGUACUCCAAUGACACAUAUGAUAUUCAAGGUCUGGUUCAAUGAGACGAUAUGCUAGUCACAGCAAUGUAAACCAGUGUUUUACAUGACAAGGUUGACUUCAAACAACUAAAGCUUGUCUAAGAUUGGAUGCCAAGAAAACAGGUUCCAAGAUGUGAUCUCAAACAGCAUGAAAUGCGAGCCAUGUUCUAGGUCAUUUUAUAAUCUUACUAAAUCUAGUCACAGAAACCUGGCAGCUGCAAUGAAUUGUAUUUGAUGUUAUUUUGGUUUUCAAAAUAGUUUCGUUGUUAUUUCAAUAUAACAUUCAUUGAUACUGUUAUCAAAACAAAGAUGAUAGUUUUCCAAUGUGAGACCUUUCUGAAAUAGACAUGACGUGAAUUCACACAGUAUGUGGACUUGGAUUCAAUAAAUGAUUUUGUUAAACAGAGUAAGGGCUAUUCCAGAAAAACAUAUAACCCCUGGGUGGGGGAGUAAAUAUUUUCAUAGUAUAUGGGUUGAUGUCUUUUUUCGCUGAUUUUCACCCCAAAAGGGUAAAUUUGCUUCUGUAGUGGGGUGGCAUGAUUUAAAUCUCCUGGGGUUAUGUGUUGAAAUGGAAUAGCACUAAUUAAGCAUGGCUGUUAUGAUCUGAUUAAGUGUCAUGUCAAUUAUGGGCUGAUAGAUAGGAUUUUAAAAUUUAAGGUCAUUUUAACAUUGGGCGGAUUGUUUAGACCUUUCUUAUAGUCAACGACAAUUGCCAGAAUGUUGACUUGAGAAAUUGGUUAAAGUUAACAACAACUGCCUGAUUGUUAAGUUUACAACGUUGUUAAUUUCAUUGUUGAUCACUUGCAAAUUGUUACUGCUCUGAAAGUUUAAUGGAUACACUUAUGAUCUACAGUGUUCCUAACAAGAUUUAGUACUUCAGUAGUACAUGUUUUACUUGAUUAUAUUAACACAUCAUCAAAUAUUUCAUGUUUCAAAGUUAACAACAGUGAUGUUAAUUAUGUUGUUAACUUUAACAAAGUUCUUAACAAUCAGCCAAUUGUUAACGUCAUCCUUGAAAACUUUUAAAUCUUUAUUGUUCUCGAAGUUUAAUAUAUACACUUGUUAUCUGCAGUAUUUCUAACAAGGUAAUAGAGAAUUGUAUUUAAAUAUAUGAGCACAUCAAAUAGUUCACUUUUAUAAGUUAACAACUCUGUCGUUUAUCACGUUGUUAACUUUUACAAAGUUCCGAACAGUCGGCCCAUUGUGUUAUUAUUGGUGUAGAAAGGAAACCGUAAAGAGAUUGAACUUCUCUUGAUUUCCUGGUUGGAAAGGAAAACUUUCAUCUAUUAUAUAAAACUAUUUUGAUAAAAACACAUUUGUUGUGAUAUGUUUUUGCGAGAAAUAAGACGUAAUUUUCACUAAGACUAUUUUAUUUAUUAUAUACAUUACAUACGUUUAUGACAUUACUAUACAUUGAUGUAGCAUAUCAUGAUAUGAGAGUUUUAUUUUAUUUUUAAAAUGUUCAGCCGAGUGUUCUGUCAAGGGUUUUAUGCAAUAUUAAUGUCUGUAUUUUUGUAUUAGUAUAUAUUAAAAAGUUUUUUUAUUCUGUAGCAUACCAGAACACUUGAUUGCUCAUGAUGAGCUUUUUUAAGAUUAGUCGUCUUUAAACCUAUACAUUGUUGUUCUUUAGAGGUCUUCGUGACAGUCGUAAACAACACAAUGGUGACGCCAUCGAUUCUGGUCAUUAAUGCCGACUGCACUGAUUUGAAAUUUAAAUUGUCUUCAUUGUAAACAAAAAACCCUCUUAAAGGUAUGCAAAUAUUCCUGAUAUAAUCAUUUUCAUCUUCAAAUUACAGAACAGUAUAUUGAUCUCUAUUUGCACGGCCUCAUCCCAAUGGUCAAUGAAUUUUGUCGUCACAGCCAGGAGCGGUCAGAUUUUACAUCAGCUCUCUUCUGUGUUUCAAGCUGGAAUGUUUUGUGUACAACUUUUUGGGAUACAAUUUUAAUAUGUGGAGCCUAAAUAUAAUGGGGCGGGCGAAAAAGGAAGACGGGGCAGGGUCUAAAAAGGAAAGGGUGAGCUGCCCUCCUGUUCUGCUUUAGCUGAAAACACUCCUGUAAUAUACAACUAGCUGAAUUAAAAGAAGCUGUCCAAGAAAAAUCAACUGUAUCUUACUGAACCAAUCAAAUAGAAAUUUUAAUAGAUAAUAUAAUUUUGAAAACUUUCACAUGCUACGAGGGAGAAUCCGUCUGCUUCAGAAUUGCAUUCAUAGCUUAAUAUAUUUCAGGAGUUAAAAAUAUUUUCUUUGAUUACUCUGUCAGAAGAAAUAAUAUAAAUAAGAGGUAAUGAUUUAAAAGCAGUUUAAAAUGGAUUGGUGAUGGAAGUCCCAACCAAUCUGAUUUCUAAUCUGUUUGGGGACAUGUAUGGCUCUAUCUGAUAGAGCCGGGACGUCAUUGUCAGCCACAGUUGACUUACGUUCAUGAUUCCAAAUGUCUCUUUGUUAUAUUUAUUUAUUUGUUUUAUUUGUAUGGUUUGAAUGUCCAAUUGCUGUUUUUGAUGUGUAUGGUUCCUAUGUAUUUGUGUUGUAUUUGAUGUGUAGGAUAAAGACGUUUAUGAUGCAUAUUCAUGAUUAAAGUGUUUAUGUAUUGGUCUCAAAUGUCCAUAAUUUGUAUUUGAAUUGUACAAAUGUUCAUGAUCUUGUGAUUGAUUUUUACGAUUUCAAAUGUUCGUGAUUUGUAUUCAAAUUUUACCGAGUCAAAGGUUCAUGAUUCGUAAUGUAAUUUUACUGAUUCAUAAAUUUAUGUUCAUGAUUGGUAAUGGAAUUUUACUUUUUGAAAUGUUAAUGAUUUGUGUUUGAUUUUUAUGAUUUCAAUGUUCAUGAUUUGUAUUUGAAUUGUAUGGUAGACAAAAUUCUACUCUAUAUUUUUUGAAUGAUAUAAGCUAUUUCUAUUGUCAAUGAAUAACUUGAUGAAUAACUAUUAAAAUUAUUUCCAACUUUAGAUUGCUUAUAAACUAUAUAACUGUGUGCAUUACUAUGGUCUUAUUAUAUUCACUGACAUGCAUAUCAAUGACGAAUAUGAUUAUACCGUCAUAUAGAUAUAUCUGAGUGCUGGCGUUCAUUGUGUCGCUUCAUGUUCCGUUGCAAAAAUCUGUCGUGUGUAGCACCACAACACUGGCACCG